ACAUUCUGUAGUUCGACGCUUGCAAUUUGCAGAUACAUACAUCUAAUUUUAGUUGCUUAGCCCUGUUUUAUCGUUACUUUGCAUUUCAUAUACUACUAAUGUUUUGACAAAGAAUAUUACUCUUUAUAGGACACAAACAAACAAAUUCCAUAUCAGAAAAACACUUAGAAAUAAAAAAUGAGUGCAAUCGCUUAAUGAAAAAACUUAAAGAAUGUCUGUUGAAUUUGAAAAAAUGGAUAAAGUUGGGAAUAAUGAUACAAUCUAUGAAGAAUUAGAUAAAUUGAUUGAUUCGGUUGAUGCUGAAGAAAAAAAGAACAACUCUAAGAAAAACAAUGAUUGCAAUGGUAUGGAAAAUAACAACAAAGAAUCAAAUGGAUUAUCAAGUCUUAACUGCAAAAUUCAAGAUCAAAAUGUAGAUAUCAAUGUUGUAGCUAAUAAAAAAGAAUAUGUAGAGGAUGAUAAUAUUAAUUCAGAAAACAGUGACAAAGAUCUCAAAGAAACUGGAAAUAUUUCUGAAGAUAAAGAAGAAUUAGAAUUAUCUGAAAUGAUAGUUUGUGAUGAAGUGGCUGGUGACACUGAAGAUGAAGAUGAAAAAAUAGAAUCUGAGGCAAUUGUUUCAAACUCUAGAGAUAAGUAUGAAAAAGAUAUCAAAAGAGUAAAAAAAGAUUCUAAAGAUAAAGAUAAAAAUAAAAAAUUGGAUAAAAAGUCAGAUUCAAAAUCAAAGGAAAGAUCUCGAAAAGAUGACUUAAGAAAAAAUGACAAAAAGCGUUCAAGAACUCCCAGUAAAGAAAGAUCUACUAAAGAUACUCCAAAAAAAAGACCUAAAAGUAAUGACAAAGAAAAAGAAUCAAAAAAACUUAGAGAAUUAGAUAAAUUCUGGCAGACUGUACGUGAUGAUCCAUCAGAUUUCAUUGGUUGGACUUAUUUACUUCAAUAUGUAGAUGGCGCAAAAAAUAUUGAUGCUGCUCGUGAAGCUUAUGAUGCUUUUCUUAAUUUAUAUCCUUAUUGUUACGGCUAUUGGAGGAAAUAUGCCGAUUAUGAAAGAAAAAAUGGAACAAAAGAAAAUUGUGAAAAAGUUUUUGAACGUGGACUAAAAGCUAUUCCUUUAAGUGUAGACUUAUGGAUUCAUUAUAUGGGAUACAUGAAAUCAGCUCAUCCUGAUGAUCAAGACAUAAUAAGAGAACAAUUUGAAAGAGCUAUUGAAGCUUGUGGUAUUGAAUUUAGAUCUGAUCGUUUAUGGGAUCAUUAUAUUAAAUUUGAAAUGGAUUGUAAAGAAUAUUCACGAGUAACUAAUAUUUAUGAUCGCCUUAUUGCUACUCCUACACAUGGUUAUUUAAAUAAUUAUGAAUGUUUUAAAGAUUUUAUUAAAAAGUACCCUAAAAACAAAAUAUUAGAGACUGAUAAAUUUUUAGAACUCAGGAAGGAAGUGUUAACAGAAAUUAAAGAAGCUGAUGCAAAAAAAAAUAAAAAAAUAGAUUCUAGUUCAGAUUCUGAUGACAUGGCUGAUCCCAUGGAACAAAAAACAAAAGAAGAAAAUAUGAUGAAAGAUAAAAUGAUAUUUGCCAGAGGAUUAGUACAUAAAACUACAGCUGAAAUGGUUGCUCUACGGCUACCAUUUGAAGAAAUGAUAAAACGACCAUACUUUCAUGUUAAACCUUUGGAAAGAUCACAAAUAAGAAACUGGAAAGAAUAUUUAGAAUUUGAAAUUGCUCAAGGAUCUUUUAAAAGAAUAGUAGUGUUAUUUGAAAGGUGCUUAAUAGCUUGUGCUCUGUAUGAAGAAUUUUGGACUAAAUAUGUUAGUUACCUCGAAAGUCUUGAGUCUGACGAUCAGGAAAUAAAAGAUCAAAUAGAAGAUAUAUAUAUAAGAGCAUGUACUGUUCACCAUAAAAAUAAACCUGGAAUUAAUUUGAUAUGGGCCCUGCAUUUAGAAAAAAAUGGAAAUUAUGAUAAAGCAGCACAAAUAUUAGAUAUGCUAGAUAGUGUUGCUCCACAUAAAAUGAUGAUUAUACAAAGAAGAAUUAAUUUGGAAAGAAGAAGGGGCUGUAAAGAAAGAGUUUGCGAACUGUAUGAACACUAUAUUAGCACAGCAGACUCUUCAUUGACUUCAGUUUUGUUGACUAUAAAAUAUGCUAGAUUUGUUUGGAAAAUUUUAGAUAAUGUUGAACGAGCUUCUGAAAUUUUAUGGAAUGAAGUGAAAAAAUUAAAUAAUGUGCAAAAGAGUAGUCGUCUUUUACUUCAAUUGAUUGAAAUCAGAAUGAGUGAUGAUCCAAUGGAUAUAAAUGCCGUGGUUGAAUUAAUUGAUAAAAUUUUAGACAUGGACUCAAUUGAAGCAGAGCAACAAGUUAUUUACGCACAACGUAAGGUUGAAUAUUUGGAAGAAUUUGGAAAAGAUAUUAAAUUGAUAAACGAAGCUAUUGAUGAGCUAAAUGAAUUUAUGAAAAUUUAUAAUGAAAUAGAAAAUAAUUCAAAUGAAAAUAUUCCAGAAAAUAAAGAAAUGUAAUUUAUUGUUUGGUCAUACCAAUACAUACAAAUUUGUAUAUAAAUAAUUUUAAAUUUAAUUAAUAUUUUAUUCAGUGAUGCUAAUUAAAGUAUUAAUUUUUUGUAAC